CACAAACCUCUGGACACCAUCAGGCAACAGCAGCGGAAGGUCUGUGCUUCAGAAAUCUCUAAGAAGCCAAAAUGGAUUUUUCAGAUGAUUAUGAUUAUCCAAUGGACUAUAACUACAGUGAUAAAUAUGAAAACUACACUACAGAGAAGGUGCUAGUUUUUCAGCACCAAUCGACAUGUGUAAAGGAAGUUUUGUGUGUGUCCUUACUCGUGGUCAGUGUGGUCAUUUGUCUGCUUGGCUUCUGCGGAAACGCUCUGGUCAUCUGGAUUUCUGGCUUCAAGAUGAAGAAGACCGUCAACACCACCUGGUACCUGAGCCUCGCCAUCUCCGACUUCGUCUUCUGUGCUUUCCUCCCGUUCAGCAUCACCAACAUGGCGAUGGGGGAGUGGAUCUUUGGUCGCUUCAUGUGCAAGAUCGCCUCCUCUGUUAUGUUCCUCAACAUGUUCAGCAGCAUAUUCCUCCUGGUCGUCAUCAGCAUCGACCGCUGCGUGUCAGUCGUGUUUCCAGUUUGGGCUCAGAACCAUCGUACCAUCAAAAAGGCGUCCGUUGUUGUUUUCAUUUCCUGGCUUCUCGCCAUCACACUGAGCUUUCCCUCUGUCAUCUUUCGGGAGGUCAGCACUCACAUGGGGAUAACCGUUUGCUACAACAAUUAUACAUUACACCAACACAGUCACAAGAUAGUUGUAUUGAGCCGCUUCCUUGCAGGGUUUAUUGUCCCUUUCAUUGUCAUCAUCAUCUGCUACUCCAUCAUCAUUCUCAAACUGCGAACCAACAGGAUGACCAAAUCCCUCAAACCGUUCAAAGUCAUGUCGGCACUCGUCGCUGCUUUCUUCAUCUGCUGGUUCCCCUACCACGUGUCCAUCCUACUUGAGCUCAACCAUCAAAGCUACAACCAAAGCAUUUUGAUUGCCGGACUCAAAGUAGGCAGUUCUAUGGCGGCAGCGAACAGCUUCCUCAACCCGGUGUUGUAUGUUUUCAUGGGCAAUGACUUCAAGCAGAAGUUUAGGAGCACCGUGCUCUCAAAGAUGGAGAACGCAAUGGGAGAGGAAGGCCGCACCACCAGCCGAUACCUGUCCAGGUCCAGCUCCAUGGACGGCAGAGCUUCCACACACAUCUAGACCAAAACGUUUUCACUCAGGUGACAUCCAAAAUACUGUUUUAUUCAUAAAUGCAAUUAAUUAACAUAGGACUAAAAUAUGUAUAGAUUCACAGUGCUAAUGGGCAUUUUCGUUGUACUUUUCUACUGUUGGCUGCAUUAAGAAAGCGGUUGAUAAUUCAGGCUCACAACACAUUAUGUAGUGAAAGAAUCUGCGAACUUGAAUUAAUAUCUAAACAUGUGCUUCACUCAUUGUGCACGGACGGCAUGGGUGACAUCAAUCACAUGCAGCAGAUUAUUUUGCUGCGUGAUUAUUUUGUGGAGAGGUUUGCAGGCAGUUUUAACUGCAGCACAGUGGGGAAUUUCUGUUGCAAAAUACAAAGACUGUAAAAUAUGACGGAUGCUUUCUGUUAAUAAAUGUAUCAUCAUUAUAUCAAGCAUUGUUUGUAAUUAUAUUAAGCUAAAGGAACAUUAAGUGGGCUCCUUUCACUCACAGUUUGCAUGUAUUUUUGAUCACAAAUGGUGGCGGAGUCUUUCAGCGCUCUUGCAUGAGCGUUAAAAAAUAAUUUUAUGGCAUUAUUUUGAUUAGUGAAACCAAAAGAAAUGUGUACAAGAGGAAAUAAUCACAUUUUUCCUAAUUUGGGGCAAGGGGCUUCAGUAAUUUUGCAGGAAGUAUUUGCUCAUCGGUUUGUAGAAUUGGUUGUUGUAAAGUUUUUUUAAUUUGACCUGAACUAAAAUGAUACGCACCUGGCCGCACAAUUGGACACAAACAGAAGAUCACCAAGAACAAUCUCUGAAGGAAAAGAGCCAAGAAUUGAUUACUGGUAUUUCUUUUUUUUUGUACAUAAAACCUCAACUUUCCAAAGAGGGAUGUGUUUAGGUUUUUAUUUACUUGCACCACAGUACGCAAUAAUUUUGUGUUGCAGCAUUAAUGCAUGUUGUGUCAGACUGACCCAGAUGCAAUGCACAAAUGGGUGGAGGACUGCUGUUGAGAUAUGUGCAGUGUAGUUUGUUCACCAAGCUUUUAUCCUCAGGUGACAAAAAUAAGUGUGUUGAAUAUACUUUUAUUUUUGUUAUUUCAUGUGGGAGAGCUGUACACUGAAUAUGAUCUGUGCAAUAAAUUUGUAUUUCUUUCCCGAAAUAAAGCUGUUACUAUAAAA